CUAUAUGAUUCCACUUAUAUGAAGUAUCUAAAAUAAUCAAAUUCCUAGAGAGAAAAUGGGACAGUGGUUGCUGGGGGGUGGGAGGUAGAGAGAAUUGGAAGUUCUUGUUUAAUGGAAUAGAGUUUCAAGGUGUUGUUUGGUAUUUUUUUUUACUAUGUUUCAAAAAAAUACCAUACUUGUAUUUUAGAAAAUACCGAGUAUUCUUCCAGGACACACAGCAGACUCCCCAGUGGCUGCAGCUCUGAAGCCCAACAAGACUGAGUGUUUGGGGAGGAAGUGACUCCACUGGGUGGGGAGCAUCUCGUGGGCAUGGAGCACGUUGGUCGUCUCCCUUCUUGUCUCCAAUCUCCUCAACACAGAGACGCUCACUAAGUGUUUGGGGAAUGAAUGAAGGAAGGAAGGAAUGAUUUCCUGCUGCCUUCACCUCACCUAGAACCCCCUUCUUUUUCUCUGCACCAGAUGCUCACACAGACCCUAAAGAGUUCUAUCACUGGCAGGACCAUCCACGCGAGGUCUAGAUGAGGCUGUACCUUCUGGGGCCAGGCAGGUGUAGACAACAGGGUUCAGAAAAGCACCCCAGAUGGGAGACCCUUAGAGACUCACCAUCUCCCACUCCUCAGAUGUCCUCAGAGGUCCUGCCCCAAGCUCCAGUGCUGGAUGGAAACCCCAAGAUGGGGACAGAAAAUGGGGUCUGCUCCUGUCUGCUCCCCUCUGGGAGGGUCUCAGGGUCUCUGAGUCGUGGGGUGUGCAGAGAGGGGACGAGCUCUGGUCUACAGUUCCUCUUCUGGGAUGGACCAUGGUCACGUGCUCCUCCCCAGCUUCCUGCAACUCCCCUCCCACUCUCCUUCCCCUUCUCUCUUCAGACACAGGACAAACGCCCAGAACAUUCCAUCUCAGAGAUGCUGCCACUGCUGCUGCCCCUGCUGUGGGCAGCUGAGUGGGCAGAAGGAGUGGGUUGGGCAGGGGCUGUUGCUGACCCUCCUUUUCUUGCAGAGUCCUUGGCUGAGAGUGAAAUAUUCGGGCUGCAAGUGCAGGAGUCAGUGACGGUGCAGGAGGGUCUGUGUGUCCGAGUGCCCUGCACUGUCUUCUACCCACAGGAUGGCUGGAAUGACUCUACCCCAGCUCAUGGCUACUGGUUCCGGGAAGGGGCAAAUCCAUACCAGGAUGCUCCUGUGGCCACAAACAACCCAGAUUGUGAAGUGCGGGAGGAGACCCAGGGCCGAUUCCACCUCCUCGGGGACCCUCGGACCUACAACUGCUCCCUGGACAUCAGAGACGCCACCAGGAGGGACAAUGGGAAAUACUUUUUUCGGGUAGAGAGAGGAAGAAUGAAAUGGAAUUAUGAAUCUAACCAUCUCUCUGUGCAUGUGAUGGCCCUGACCCGCACACCUGACAUUCUCAUCCCGGGGACCCUGGAAUCUGGCAGCUACAGGGACCUGACCUGCUCUGUGCCCUGGGCCUGUGAGCGGGGCACACCCCCCAUCUUCUCCUGGACAUCAGCUGCCCUCACCUCCCCGGGCCCCAGGACCCACCUCUCCUCGGUGCUCACCCUCACCCCACGGCCCCAGGACCACGGUGCCAACCUCACCUGUCAGGUGAAUUUCCCUGCAGCUGGUGUGACUGUGGAAAGGACCAUCCAGCUCAACGUCACCUACUUCUCCACCCCCCUCGGCUCCACAAGGAGAACAGGACAGCACUCACAUGGCAGAGCCCGCCUCUCAAGACUCCUCUUCUGCAGUCUCCCGAUGACUCCUCCAGCCUUCUCUUUUUAUUUUCCCCUAAGAGGUUGUAAGUUACGUGUUUUUGUACAGGUAAUAUAUUCACCUGGGCAAAACUUCAAAAGGCACAGCAGAGUCUGUCCUCAGAUGCCCAGCCCCCUCCCAGGAAGUGACCAUGGUCCAUGGGCUUCUCUGAGCCUUGGUUUGUUCACCUAAAGAAUAUUAGGGGUCCUUUGAUGUCAGCAGUACAGACUGUCCUCGCUCCUCCCUGUAACUGUGGAGUGUUCCACGGCCUGGAUGGAUACUGACUCUGUGCACAUCUUCUACUAAUGGAAAAAUCAUGGCAUUAAGUUCUUCUACCAACAGAAAUGCUGCAAUCAGUAAUCUUGUAUCUCCUUUCAGACUUGUGUUUGUAUUUAUGACUGCAGAAUACGUUUUUAAAAGCAAAAUGGCUGGAUCAUAUGCUCUUUCUAUAUUGAGAAAUAUUGCCAAGUUUUUCUCCAUCAAAAGUGGACAAGUUUACGUUCCCAACAUCGGAGCUGAAAGUGUGUGUUUUCUGCGAACCAGCAUGGGGUGAAACCUUUUGACUUUUGCCAGUAACAGGUGAAAGUCAGUUGCUCUAUAUAAAUUUUUUUUUAAAUUCACACAUUAUUUUAUUAUUGAGGAAAAACUCACUAAAAAUAUAAUCACUAUUAGAGCCAUUUUCAAGUGUCUAAUAGGUGCCUUUUAGUAUAUUCAUAAUGAUGUCCAACCAUCACCACCGUCUAGUUCCAUCAACCCAACAUUUUCAUCACCACAAAGAGAAACCCUGUGCCUGUGAAGCAGUCACUUUCCAUUCUCCCCUCCCCUGGCCCCUGCAACCUCUAAUCUGCUUUCUGUCUCCAUGGAUUUGCCUAUUCUACAUAUUUCAUAUAAAUAGAAUCGAA